AUGCAAGAAAGCAGGCAAGCGAGAGAAGAGGAAUCAGCGGAUCUUCUUCUUGAUCUUCUUCUUCUUCUUGCUCGAUGGCUGUGGUUAUCGAACCUCCAACUAUCCAAGUUCAGUAAAAUCAUCGGCAUGGCCAUAGCGAUUCGCGAUUCGCGAUUUGCGCUGAAUGACCCGCAGGCACCUCUACAAACAACGCCACCACCAUUACCUCCUCCACCAUCUCCACAUCCUCCACAUCCUCCACCUCCUCCGCCUCCUCCAACUCCUUCUCUUCCUAUCUUUCGAUGUCCUACUAACUGGCGGAGGGACUAUGAAUUAGUGUCAGAGAAGAAUAUUGGAAAUCCUCCUCCUACUCCUCUUUCACUUCCAGCUCCACAACCAACGCCACCACCUUCACCUCUUCCUUCAAAUCCUCCUUCACCUCCUCAUUCAUCUCCUCCUCCUCCUGCUUCUAUCUUUCGAUGUCCUACUAACUGGCGGAAUUCGAUUUCCAUUCCAUGCUUGAGGAAACCCUUAGAAGCAUCGCGUCGCGUCUUUGGAGCCCUGCGGGCGUCACUCCCCGGAAAAGCAGUGGCUGGUACCGGGCAAUUACUUUACGGUCAGCUCGCGGAAAGGGUGGUGGAGAAUCGAGACUGGAGAAUGGGUUAUGGUGUGGGGGUGUAG